AUGGCUUGGGGAAACAUCUACCUAAUCGCCGCUAUCGCCGUCAUCGGCGGUGGUCUUUUCGGCUUCGAUAUUUCUUCCAUGUCUGCCAUCAUCAGUACGCCGCAGUAUAGAUGCUACUUUGACCAAUCGCCCGACCGUUCUUGCGCCGGUCCAAGACCCGAUGUUCAAGGAGGUAUUACAGCUUCUAUGCCUGGAGGCUCUUGGCUCGGAGCCUUGGUCUCGGGCUUCCUUUCUGAUAUUCUGGGACGAAAGAGAGCUAUCAUGGCCGGUGCUGUGGUCUGGGUCAUUGGAAGCGUCAUUGUUUCCGCCUCGCAGAAUAUCGGCAUGCUCAUUGUGGGGCGGAUAAUCAAUGGGUUCAGCGUCGGCAUCUGCUCCGCCCAAGUACCGGUAUACAUUGCAGAGCUGGCCAAGCCCUCGACGAGAGGCAGAUUAAUCGGUGCCCAGCAAUGGGCUAUCACUUGGGGCAUCAUGAUCAUGUUCUAUAUCAGCUACGGCUGUUCCUUCCUCGACGGACCCCAAGCUUUUCGAGUUCCAUGGGCACUACAGAUGCUUCCUGCUAUUGGCCUCUUUUUCGGCAUGAUCAUGCUACCUGAGUCUCCUCGAUGGCUCGCACGCAAAGAUCGUUGGGAAGACUGCCACGCCGUCUUGGCCCUUGUUCACGGAAAAGGCGAUCCUAAUAAUCCUUUUGUUGCCCGCGAAUAUAAGGAUAUCAAAGAGAUGGUGGAAUUCGAGCGGCAGAAUGCAGACGUAACCUACUUAGAGCUGCUGAAACCCAACAUGAUCAAUCGUACCCAUAUUGGUGUCUUUACUCAGAUCUGGUCUCAACUCACAGGGAUGAAUGUGAUGAUGUACUAUAUCACCUACGUUUUCACAAUGACUGGAGCCGACUCCACUUCCGCCCUCCUCCUUUCCUCCUCCAUCCAAUAUGUAAUUAACGUCGUCAUGACCGUUCCCGCCCUCCUCUUUGUCGACCGCUGGGGCCGCCGUCCCACCCUCUUAGUGGGGGCAACCUUCAUGGCGACCUGGAUGUUUGCCAACGCCGGCCUGCUUGCCUCGUACGGAGAGUACGCUGGCCCUGAAGGCGUCAAUAAUACCCCUGAAGCCAGCACCCGCAUCUCCGGGCCGCCCGCCAAAGCCGUUAUCGCAUGUACGUACCUCUUCGUCGCAUCGUUCGCUCCUACCUGGGGCCCCGUAUCAUGGAUCUACCCGCCGGAGAUCUAUCCCCUCCGUGUGCGCGGCAAGGCGGUCGCCCUCUCCACCUCUGCGAACUGGGCGAUGAAUUUCGCCCUCGCCUACUUCGUCCCGCCUGCAUUCGUCAACAUCACCUGGAAAGUCUACAUCCUCUUCGGCGUCUUUCUCGUGGCCAUGUUCAUCCACGUCUUCCUCAUGUUCCCUGAGACGGCGAAUAAGACGCUCGAGGAGGUCGAGUCGAUCUUUUUGGAUCCGCACGGGAUUAAGGGGAUCGGGACCCCGGCCUGGAAGACCAAGGUCAAUCAUAAGAGAAUCUUGGAUGUGGAGAGGCAUGGUAGUGUGGCUGGCGAAGGGGAGGAAGUAGAGACUAAGGGGAUCACGGGUGGCUCGGUGGAGGAGCGGAGGAUCGAACGGCAGAGCAGCGGGGAGAGGUCUACUGGUGAUGAGAAGAAGAUCUGA